AUGGCAAAUUCGCCCUAUUGUCGGACCAACGACGGUGCAACGCGCAUUGUAUUGGGACACUUGCUGAACAAUCAGACAUCGGGAUUCGAGGCAUUGAUUAGCAGUUCGGGGGCCUCCGCCGAACUGGUCGUGCAACUCACCGAAACCCGCAUCGCGAUUGGCGACUUGAUACCACUUGUCAAGCACAGCCAUCUUGAGCGUCGAGUGGAGCUACAUUCCCUCCUGGAAAAGCUCGCUGACGACGCCAAGGAUGCGAGUCGCUACCUACAGCAAUUGUCAGCGAGGAUUGACAGUGGCGCUGACCGGAUAAACGUCAUGGUGGGACACACCUCACGCCUUCUUCUGGAUUCCCCGCCGCCGUCCAUGACUUCGCAACAAUGCACCAUCAUCGACAUCAUCAAUCCGCUCCGCACUAGCGCAUGUGCUGCUCAGCCUGUGGAUCCGUACGUCGUACUCAGUGCCUAUGAACUGGCACUGGGGACGGUGGAAGACGUCCUCAGGAAUCUCAUUAUAUCUGCUCAAGCUGCCCUCGGGAAGCUUGACGCCCUCGAUUCACGUCUCCAAACCAUCGCCGACGUCACCUUCAGUGAAACCACUGUUGUCAGCGAAGAUAGGGAGCAUGUACUCCGACAACUUUGGACGUACCUAGGCGGAAACCAGCAGAGGAUUUAUCAAUUCCAGCGCGACGCAGACGUGUUGCGGGAUGUCGAGGCUUACAGGAAAGCGGCAGUCGCUCACGUCGGCAUGGUCUUGGAUACACUCGAGAACAUGCAGACCGUUGCAGAGGAGACCCGGCGCAUCGCUUCCGGUGCACUGCUACGCGGACAGAUACCGGACGAGCUCCUCCUGAAUGUAAUCUCUGAUGGCACCGGGAGAUUGAAGAUGGGUCGCGUGGAGGUUGCUAUACCUAACCUCGCUAACUAG